CUCUUGUGACCCACUGGGCGUCCUGCCUUAUGCAACCCACCUCCCCGCUCCAGCCCCACUGGCCUCCUUCCGGGAAAGAGCCAGGUCAGGGGAGGAAGGAGAGUGGGAAGCCGCCUUGCUCUUUUCGUCUGGCUUUCAGCGCUCCUCUCUGCCCAGGGUGGAUGUGCCCGGGCUGGCUGCCCUGCCACUGCCCGGACGUGCCACAUUACAGCCGCCCUGGCAGUCAAAGUAGGGGCGCUGGCAAGGUGUUCCCUCCUCCUCCUCCCGGACCUGACACGGGUCCCGCCCCCCGCCCGCCUCACAUCCCGCCACAACCGCAGCCCAGCCGUGUCUCCGCAGCCAGCCUCCCGGAGAAGGACACGGGUGCCAGAGCUCCUGGCCGGGGGCCAGCGCCUUCCCAGCGCCCCCAGCAGGCACGGAAGGGACCCAGCUGAGCCUGAACUGCCCGCCGGAAUCCCACAGCUCCUAGCGGAACGGCGGCUCCUCCAGGCGCCUAGAAGAUGGUCCACAGGUCCCCAAUGUACCCACUGGUGCCCGAGGGUGCCCAUCGUGGCUUGUCGGUCACAGCUGGAGGGCCACUCACAGCAGCAGCUUGCCCGGCCACCGGGCUUGUUAACUGCUUGGGCUGAGGAGCUAGCGAGAAUCGUCUGUUCCAGUGGCAGAGAUCGGGGGUGCAUUAUCCCCCUGGCAGAGAUCUAGGGCAAGUGUCCCAGUGGCAGACGUCUGUGGACCCAUAACCUGGUGGCAGAGAUUUGGGGCACGCUAUCCCCCUGGCAGAGAUCUGGGGGGCGUUUUCCCUGUGGCAGAGAUCCAGAGUGUAGUGUCCCGGAGGCAGACGUCUGUGGACCUAUAUCCCCGUGACAGAGAUCUGGGGCGCAGUGUCCCGGUGGCAGACGUCUGUGGACCCAUAUCCCCGUGGCAGAGAUCCAGGGUGCAGUGUCCCGGUGGCAGACAUUUGUGGACCCAUAUCCCUGUGGCAGAGAUCCAGGGUGCAGUGUCCCGGUGGCAGAUGUCUGUGGACCCAUAUCCCUGUGGCAGAGAUCUGGGGUGUGUUAUCCCUGUGGCAGAGAUCCAGGGUGCAGUGUCCUGGUGGCAGACGUCUGUGGACCCAUAUCCUGGUGGCGGAGACCCACGGGUGAGUUCUUGAGCCAUCUCUAACCUCAGCGUCCCGACCCUUCCCCGGCGACCGUCCUGGGCUCUCUGAGGACGCUGAAGGAAUAUCGAGGGUCAGAGCUGGCGUGACCUGGGUUCUAUUUCUGGCCCUGCGAUGGAGGGUCUCCGCUCGUCCGCCCAGUGCGUGGCUGGGGGCGUCCCCCCGGAGGGCGCGAUGCAGCGGGCUCGGGCGCUGAAGGGCAAAGCCAGCGCCAGCUGCCGGCGCAAGCGGGAGUUCAUCUCGGACGAGAAGAAGGACGCCAGCUACUGGGAGAAGCGCCGGAAGAACAACGAGGCGGCCAAGCGCUCGCGGGAGAAGCGGCGCUUCAACGACCUGGUGCUGGAGAGCCGGGUGCUGGCGCUCAACGAGGAGAACCUGCGCCUCAAGACGGAGCUGCUCCAGCUCAAGCUGCGCUUCGGGCUCCUCAGCACCGCCGCCUUCGUGGAGAAGAGCCAGCAGCUCAGCGCUGCCAGCCGGGAGCGCUGCGGGGGCAACAGUGGCUACUCCAGCGCCUCCUCCCGGGCCCAGCACUCGGAGGACUCGUCCGAGACGGAGCAGUCUGGCCGGGACGCUGCCGGAGCCAAAUACUCGCUGCGGGGCUCCCUCUCCGACAUGUCCGACGGCUCCUCCCGGGACAGCCCGCUGCCGCGGACGCCGGGGGAGGCGCAGGCCGUGAGCCGGGCCCGGGGGGAUGACGGGGCGCUGCGCCCCCCCGACCCCCAGGCCCCGGCCUCACGGGGUGUCAUCCUCUUCAGCGCCAACGGCUUCACCGCGGUGGAGCCGCCCCGAGACUGGGGGGUGCCGGAGCAGGGGGACGGGGCCGAGGAGGAAGAAGAGGAGAAGGCCCUGGGGAGCUAUGCCCAGCAGAUACCCGGGGGUCACCAUGGCGACUGUGAGGCCUAUUGCCAGCAGGGGGAGCUGCAGGGCCCCCCCGAGCCGUAUGGCUGCCCACGGGCCAAGGGCUACGGCACCCCUGCUGGCUUCUGUGGGGAGGAGGCGGCGCGGGAGGCCAGGCCGGAGCCCACAGAGAUGGUGGCCGAGCCGAGUUCCCCCUUCGCAGUUUACUCCAGCGAGGAGAGUGGGGAGGAGGUCGACUGGGGGUGCCUGCCCGCCCCCUACCCGCCCGCCCCGGACGUCAAGCUGGCCGCUCUGCCCCACAAGCUGCGCCUCAAGUGCCGGGCCCACAGCAGCGGUGGCCAGGACCUGGGCCCUGAGCCUGGUGCCACCGGCUGCCAGCCAGAGGCGCCAGCUGACUGGUCGAGUGAGAGGCACGAGGAGAUGGCGGCCCUGGUGCGGCAGGCACUGCUCCUCAACGGGCACCCCCCCGCCGCAGGCGCCGUGGACAGACUCCUCUACUGCAGCCCCCUGCCCCCCUCAAACAGGCCGGAGCCUGGGGACUUCGCCGGCGGGUGGAGGGGCAGUUGCCACGAUGAGAGUGCCAGGCCCAUAUGAACGGUGCCCUAUAGCGGGGCACGGCCCUUGAACAGCCACUGCCUGGGCAGGUGAUGUGGACAAAGCCGACACUGACUGUCCUGCUGGGCCCGGGGAUCUGCCCAGCUGGGAUCUGGUGAGCAGAGAGAUCCCUGUUCUGCUGGGCCCGGGGAUCUGCCCAGCUGGGAUCUGGUGAGCAGAGAGAUCCCUGUCCUGCUGGGCCCAGGGAUCUGCCCGGCUGGGAUCUGGUGAGCAGCGAGAUCCCUGUCCUGCUGGGCCCGGGGAUCUGCCCAGCUGGGAUCUGGUGAGCAGAGAGAUCCCUGUUCUGCUGAGCCCGGGGAUCUGGAGAGCAGCAGGUUCCACUUGGCUGAACUCACAGAUUUGGGAGCUGUUGGACGGUUCCCACCAAGCUGAGGUCUGAGCCCCAUGUGCUGGGUGGGGCUGGCCUUGCAGAGAGAGGACCAAGCAGGAUCUCCCCAUCCCCCCACCCCCUUGGCUUUGGAGCCCCCAGGAUGGUGACAGCGGGGUGCAGCCAGGGCCUGGGACCAGCAGCCUCCUUCGCACUGGGACUGUCUCACCAGCAAUGCCGCCAGCCAGCUGUGUUGAUGCCACUGGGAUUCCGGGGGGGGGAAUUUUUUGAGUCGGGAAACAUUUGAUGAAAAUAAAACUGCAUCUUUAAAAAAAAAA